AACGACCAUCGACAAUCGCUAUGACAUUAUGACCGUGAUGUCAUGACAUAACAUCUGUCUCUAUGACUGAUGUCCAAAAUUUCUGCUGCUUAGCUUUUCUGAUUCCAAUCUCAUUCCAAUAAUCUAAAUCAAUUAAGUUUCUAUUAAUUAAUUUAUCGCGUAAUAUAUACAGAACAGAUAUAGAUACGGUUUAUUAAUGAAUUGUAGAAAAUAACUUGGUCAAACUACGGUUCUACGCAAUAGUGUAACGAAAUAAAUAAAAAUAUGAGUAAUGCAGGAAUUAAUAGUGAGUUACCUGAAGUUAAAGAAGUAAAUGGUAGUGUAAAUCAAGAAAAAGUUCGCAAAGGAUGGGUAAAAUUCGAUGAUGAAUCUCCAAAAGCUGACAAUGGAUCAAGUGUACCACCCACCGCGGGAACCAGUACAUCCACCGCACCGACUGAGUCUGCUGCUGUCCUUAAGACGGAAAGUGUUCAUAUAAACUUGGAAAGAGGAGACAAAAAUGUUGAGCCUAUAUCAUUAGGCACAUUAUCUAAAAAUGUUGAAUUUAUCAAUGUGCGUUCAGGAUUCUCUAAUGGUGAUAUAAUUGUGACUCUGCUCCCUGUGAAUUCAAAAUGGCCUUGGGUGACAGCAGCCCGAUUUAGACCAGAACUUGUACCUGAGGAGUUGAUGGCACAAGGCCUGACUCUCACAGUUGAGGAGUAUGUUCAUGCGAUGGAACUGCUUAUUAAUGAUGCUCGUUUUACAUUGUACAACAUUUGUUACAAGCGUGUGCUUGUUUGUUGGAUAACGCUUGCAUUCCUUGUGCUGCUGGCACUAUUGUUUUCUGGACUGACUGGUCUUAUUUUGUUUUCUCUUGGAGUUCUAUGGCUGAUACUGAAUGCAGCUGCAAUUUUUCUGUGCAUGUGGAUAAAAUUAAGACUGUCAAAAGGAUUAGAACAAUGUUUGGCAAGAGUUAACAAACUACUCAGUAAACAUAAAUUGAUUCUGGCCUUGGACGAUAGAGGGAAAAUAUCUUGUCAUAAAGUGAAUCUCUGCUUCAUAUAUUUUGAUUCGGGCCCAUGCAUUGCACACAUACAGCAGUUUAUUGAUAGUGAAGAAGGCAAAACAAUAAUGCAGGGCUGGGAACAGAGACUUGAUGUACCAACUAAUGAUAUUGUUAUACAAGGAACUCAAUCAACCAGAUUGUCAAGGAAACAGGAACGAGGCGCUCUUCUAUUCCUACGGUAUGCGGGACGGUGGGGAACACUGGCUGUUAAAAAUAAACUCAACCUAAGCAGCCUCGUGCCGGGACGUCAUGGUGAGAAAUAUGUUUGUCCCUGUCAGUACAUAGAAGAGCACCUGAAGGUAAAACCUCCUGCAGGCAUUGCAAAAUAUUUUACACUUCCUCACCAGAAUGUUCAAAUUUAUUAAUCAAAAUCAUUAACAAUCAGCAUUAUUCAAAUGGUAUAUACUAAACUUUCCGUCCAUAAUAUUCAAUAUAUUAUACAUAAUUAUUAUUAGCCAUAAUGAAAAACGUACUUAGUUUCAUGUUAGGAAUUUUAGUUGAUAAGAUUUACGAGUAUGAGCAUUGUGCAGUAGGAUAAGAGAGCUAAAAGCGACUCCUCGUCGCGCUUUAUCAAAAUAUAUUUCUCUGCUAAUAAUAAAUCAAGUGGUCUUGUGUUAUAAAGAUCUGUAUUUGAAUACAUCACUAAUUGACAAACAGUAAUUUAUUCAUUAGAUGGAUAUUAGCGACGAGGGUUUGCUUAGCUAAACAAGUUAAUCAUACAUAUCUUUGGGCCCAACCGUUUAGGUAUAUUAUUAUUCAUUCAUCGCUCAAGUCUAUCAACAUGUAAUCUCGAAAUAAGAGCCUCAAUUAUACCUGGUUUAUUAUGUAUGAUAUUAUUUACUUAGUUUAAUUUUUAUCGAAUAUUUAUGUCGAGUGGCCAUACGUUUAAGCUUUUACUGUUGUACAGAAAUAAGUAAUUAUAUUGGAACAUAUUGUUUAGUUUCAUAAAAUCGAUUUUAUUGUCGAAUUUUUUCAUAUUGUUAUUUAUUAGAUUUUAUUUGUAGUUUUGAUAAAAUCAACUGAUAUAUGCCACCGGUGCAAAAGCUUGAUUAUGAACUUUUUUGAUUAAAAAAGUAAAUAUACUGAUUGGUCUCGAAUGUGCAAAUAUAUAAAUUAGUACACCUAUAGAAAUUGGAAUAUAAAAUAGAAACAAUGAAAUCACAAUUGCACGGACUAGUCAUCUACAGUAGCUAAACUGCACAACAGUGCUAAAAUGAUUCAUAAUAUAAAACCAAAGCUCAAAGUGUGAAAUUGUUUCAGAACUAUUUAAUAUAAAUGAUUUAUUUUUAUUAUGUCCCUUUUAAAUCGUUUGAAAAGAUAAGUUUACUUUGUAAUUAGGGAGGAAAUAUUUAAUUAAUAAUAAUGUUACCUAAAACAUUGUAUUUCAUAUAUUUUAAACAUAAUAUCUAAGUAAUUGUAACAUACAUUCCGUUCAAAUGUAUUUGUUUUUGUAAAGAUAAGUACAUAAGUAUUAGAAACAUGAAGUGUCACCACCUAAUCUGAAACCACUGUUUGAACAGGGGAUUAUUAGUUUAAUUUUAUUAGGAACCUGUCUAUUUUAACCGAAUUUGAAUUUUAUUGGUGUGUCAUUAUUAUUAAUUUUAGGAUGUUUGUUUUUCAACUUCUACUUAUGUCACUUCUAAAAGUCCAUUUUGUCGCCAAAGUUUGUAGUUUGUACCUAAUACGGCAGUUAAUAGAGUAAUAUUUUUUUAUUAUUUUUAACUUUGGUGGGACACAGUAUCGAUGAUUUCUUUUAGUUUAUUGAAUAAUUUAUUUUGAGAGAUUCCCUUAAAGAUAGAAAAUUUUAAGUAAAUGUUGAAGAAAAUUAUAACACAAAAUAUUACUAAAUUGUUAAAAUCUGUUUUAUUAAAGUAAAUAUAUUUACUUAUUAGAUUUAAGUACAAUGGACAUUGUAUAUAGUUCAUAAUGAGUUAAAAAAAAUUAUUUUAUGGGAAAGGUGGUGGUACUAAAAAUAUAAAAGGCUGACAGCUAAAUGAAAUGUAACUUAUUAUGUUACUUCAUUACAAACAAAUAACAAUAAUCUUGAAAUCUUAAUACAGGCACUCAUUAUUGAGACUGAUUAUAAAAUCUUGUAAUUAUCCAUUUAUUUGAAACCUAUAACAUAUCUAACUGAAAAAAGUACUAUUAUUAUAUGCAUCUGUUUCGGAUAGUAAAAGUGAUGUUAUAUACUUAACCGAAAUCUGUAGUUAUAUUUGAAAAUUAUUGUCGCAUUUUUACAGUAAAAUUAAUUCGAAUAUUCUCAUAAGUAUCUUACUUUUCUAUUUGACAUUUAUCUUAACUGCAUUAUAAGUACUGUUACCUGAAAAUUAUAAGUCUACCACAUCUGUCUUUAUUAUAAAUCACUAAUAAUUGUAGUAUAAUUUCCCUUUUCGCUAGUAACUGCAGCUAACCUAUUAAGUAUUAGGCGUAAUUACAAAUAUAACUGCAGAUUUCAGUAGAUAUUGUGAAUUCGGAGAAUAAAUAAUUACUUACACAUAGAGGACGCAUCUGUGUGCAUCCUUCUUACUUAGAUAAAGAGGAUGCAUCUAUGUGCAUCCCUCUUAUUUACCCAUGGUAAAUAGUAUACAGUGUAAUUAUAUUACUUACUUUUUAGUAAAUACAAAUAAGUAUUCAUAACGUUGUGAUUAAUAUAAACAUAUUCCGUCCUAAAUAUCAUUGUAAGUAUUAGGUAUUAGUCUUAUUAAUCAGUAUACCUUUACUUACAUAUUAUUAUUUUUAUGUAACUAUGUUGAAUAAUAUAUACAUAUUUUUA